AUUGAAACUUUCUUCUUCCUCAUGACACCUCAUCCAGAAGUACAACAACGAACCCAGGAAGAACUCGAUAGAGUAAUCCGUCCAGAUCGAUUACCUACGAUGCAAGAUUACGAAGAUCUGCUUUAUCUAGUCGCUGUCAUGAAAGAAGUUCUGCGUUGGAGUACUCCUGUGCGUAUUGCAGUCCCACAUGUGGUCACCGCCGAUGAUGAAUAU